UAUAUGUAGUUUGCUAUUAUAUCCAAGUGGAACCAAAACCCCUGAUUUCCCAUUUGCUUACUUACUAGGGUUUAAGCCCCAGUUAUACCAGAACGCAGAACCCCUCCCUCACUCUCUCUCUCUAAACGCCAUGUCGCUGUACCGCCUGCUCCUCCGCUCUCUCCGCCGCCCAACCACCACCCCACAACCCAUAACCCAAUCCCAAUCCCUAACCUCCCUAACCUCCCUCACCCUCCAAAACCCCAUCUCCAAUCCUCAAUCUCUCACCACCACCCGCUCCUUCGCCUAUUCCACCGCCGAAGAAGCCGCCGCCGAGCGCCGCCGCCGCAAGCGCCGCCUCCGCAUAGAGCCCCCGCUCGACGCGCUCCGUCGCGGCUCCGGCCCGCCGCCUCCGCGCGACCCCAACGCGCCCCGCCUCCCCGACUCGACCUCCGCCCUCGUCGGCCCUCGCCUCAACCUCCACAACCGCGUCCAGUCCCUCAUACGCGCCGGCGACCUCGACGCCGCCUCAGCUGUGGCGCGUCACUCCGUCUUCUCCAACACGCGCCCCACCGUCUUCACCUGCAACGCCAUCAUCGCCGCCAUGUACCGCGGCAAGAGGUACAAUGACGCUAUUGCCCUCUUCCACUUCUUUUUCAACCAGUCCAACAUUGUUCCCAACAUUGUAUCUUAUAAUAAUUUGAUUAACACUCACUGUGAUGAGGGCCGUGUCGAUGUGGGUCUUGAGAUUUACCGGCAUAUCAUUGCAACUGCCCCUUUUAGUCCCUCGCCGGUGACGUACCGGCAUUUGACUAAAGGGUUGAUUGAUGCCGGUAGGAUAGGUGACGCUGUGGACUUGUUGAGGGAGAUGUUGAAUAAGGGGCAUGGUGCUGAUUCUUUGGUUUUCAAUAACUUGAUUAAAGGGUUCUUGGAUUUGGAGAAUUUGGACAAGGCCAAUGAGCUUUUCGACGAGCUUAAGGAGAGGUGUUUGGUGUAUGAUGGGGUUGUCAAUGCCACCUUUAUAGAUUGGUUCUUCAAUAAGGGGAAAGAGAAGGAGGCCAUGGAUUCAUACAGGUACUUGCUUGAUAGGCAGUUUAGGAUGAUCCCAGCUACCUGCAAUGUUCUCUUGGAAGUGUUGCUUAAGCAUGGCAAGAAGAAGGAGGCAUGGGCUUUGUUUGAACAAAUGCUGGAUAAUCACACACCGCCCAAUUUCCAGGCAGUUAAUUCCGAGACUUUUAAUAUAAUGGUCAAUGAGUGUUUUAAGCUUGGGAAGUUUGGUGAGGCGUUUGACACCUUCAAGAAGGUGGGAACAAAUGUGAAGUCAAAGCCUUUUUCCAUGGACGUUGCGGGGUAUAAUAAUAUCAUUGCUAGGUAUUGUGAGAAUGGGAUGUUAUCGGAGGCUGAUCAACUAUUUACAGAAUUGUCGUCAAAGUCGCUGACCCCAGACGUAACAACACAUAAGACUCUGAUUGAUGCAUAUUUGAAUGUAGAGAGGAUAGAUGAUGCUCUUAAGAUAUUUAACAGAAUGGUGGAUGUUGGGUUGCGAGUGGUUGCUAGUUUUGGUAACAGGGUGUUUACUGAGUUGAUUAAGAAUGGGAAAGCACUGGACUGUGCAAAAUUUUUGAAGAAAAUGGGAGAGAAAGAUCCUAAACCAGAUGCCAGUUGCUAUGAUGUUGUGAUCAGGGGGCUUUGCAAUGAAGGUGAACUUGACCCAAGCCUUGAUUUACUGACAGAAAUGGUGAGAUAUGGCAUUGGUGUUCCUCCUGCACUGAAGCAAUUCGUAUACGAGGCUUUUGAAAAAGCUGGGCGUGGCGGACAGAUUGAGAGAACAUUAACUGAGACUAGGUACACACCACCUCCUAGAAUGGCACCACCACGUCAGUUCCCGCCCAUAAGAUCACCUCAAAUGGCAGGACCACAGGAAUCACCAUCAGGAACCUCUCAGAUGGCAGGACUGGAUCACCUAUCAUCAGCUGCCUCUCAAAUGGCUGGACCAUAUCAGCCAUCAUCUGGACCUGCUCAAGGGUCUGGAUCACACCAAUCCCCAUCACAAUCAGGGACCUCUCAAACGAUGGAACAUGUAACAGUUGCUUGAUUCUUAGGUAUUGUGUUAUUGAUAAGAUGCCCAUACGUUUGUGUUUUGAUUUUGAGUUGGCCAGUGCUUCAUCAUUGUUAUGCUAAGUUUCUCUGUCCCACACACACUUGUGGUGUGUGUUUUCUCGACUUGAGUAUAAGAAUGGUGUUUCCGAGUCGGUGAGAAGAGGUUCCUGCAACUAUUAGUUCUUUUUCAUUAGUUAUGCAGCAAUUAAUUCUUGUACUUGGUCACUGCGUACGAUUCAAUAUAUACAUUGAUUUACAAUUAAGUUAUAUUUCAA